AUGGGGUACACAUGGAUUGUCGCAGGGGCUGGCUGGGGUGUUACUGUGAUCGGUUGGCUGCUGUCACCCCUCAUCAGCCAGCUCGUCAACAAGUUCUUUCCAAGCCCCGCUGAUGACACGUCAAGAAAGCUCCGGGAUCUGGAGGUCCACACUAUCCCAGAUCUGAAGCUGACCCUGAGAAAUGCCGAGGAGCAGAGGAUGCUGCGAGCUGCUCAAGAGAAGGGAUCUGAGUCUGACCUGAUGACACUCGAGCAACUGACGAAAGAUCUCAAGUCUGCCCUCUACGAAGCCGAGGAUAUCCUUGAUCUUAUAGAGUAUCAUCGUAUCGAGAGGAAAGUGAGCGGCGACGACGACGCUCAAGUUCGUGGCAGCAGCUGCCUGCUGGGUGCCGCACCUGCACGUCCACAAGACACAACCCAUGCUCUGGUACUGCAAUGCGCGGUCAGAUGGUACCGGCAGCUGCGGCAAUUCGGAGGCGCCACCCUGCCAAUCUCCGGCGCGACAACCUAUGUUUCCGGGGUUCACAGUCUCCGUGGCUGGUGCUGGUUCAGGCACCUCGUCCGAAGCUGCUUUCGAUCAGCACACACCUGGUCCACUAAAGCAAUUGUAGCUGCCCACUUCUACCGGAACUGGUCGUAUGAAGCUAUUGGCAUCAAAACUAAUCAGAAGGAUGGCAGCGCAGAAGAUUCUUUCCUGCUAACUAUUGAUAAAAAGAGCUUGAGGGAAAGAAUAGAGGACCUAGAAUAUAUCGCCAAUUGCUCGAAGAAAUCACAUCUAUUGAAUCAACAUAGUAACAGCAACAAGCUUUCUGUCAAGCAUACUGACAAGGAAAGCAUCAGCAUACAGAAGGAUAUUGAAGACUUGUACAGAAGCAUUGAACAGAAUGUAUUUGGCCGAGAGAAGGAGCGUAAGCAUAUAUGUUGUUUGCUUCGAAAGGGGCCAAAUGCUGAAGCAGCAAGCUCAAGUACAAGUAAAUGUUAUGCUGUGGUCGGCAUAUAUGGCAUUGCAGGGUCUGGGAAGAGUACCCUAGCGCAAUACGUCUGUGACUAUGAAGAGGCCGAAGGAAACCAUUUCAAUCUGGUCAUGUUCAUUCAUGUGUCGAAGACAUGCAGACUGGAUGAUAUAUUUCGUGAUAUGCUGGAACAGAUUUCUCGAAGCCGGCCAUCCGGUACCAAAGGUCUUAAAAGUUUAUGCAAGGAGUUGAAGGGAAAUUUGAAAGGCAGAUGCUUCUUGUUGGUGUUGGAUGAUCUAUGGGUCAAUUAUGGGAAUCAGAAGGAGUGGCACAUUUUUCUUGACGCCAUCAAUGCUGGUCAGCGUGGAAGCAGAAUCCUGGUGACAGCUCAAACAAAAGAUGCAGCUGCAGCCCUAGGUGCUCAGGAGCAAAUUCCAAUACCAGAUUUGGGAGAGGACCACUAUUUAUCACUGUUCAUGCAUCAUGCUAUACAAGCAGGCUCAGUUGGUUAUGAUGUUGAGUAUGAAAGAAUUGGGAGAAGGAUAGUGGAAAAGCUCCACAGAUCACCUAUGGCAGCGGUAACGGUGGCAAAAAGGCUUCAAAGGAACAAAAGCUUGGAUUUCUGGGAAAGAACAGCAAACCUUGAUGUUCUGAAUGAGACCAUGGGAGCGCUGUGGUGGAGCUACCAGCAGCUCGGCACAGACAUUAGGCGAUGCUUUGAAUACUGCAGCACGUUUCCUAGAGGAUACAUGUUGAAACGGGACAUGUUGGUUCACCUGUGGAUAGCACAAGGGUUUGUAAAGACCAGUGGUGCAACGGAGGACAUGGAAGCAUUAGGCAACCGAUACUUUGACGAGUUGCUGACAUUCUCGUUCCUGCAAAUGCACAGAACGGUUAUUGGUACUGAGCAAUUCACAAUUCAUGAUCUGCUGCAUGAGUUGAUGGAAAGGGUUGCCGGAAGUGACUUCUUCAGAAUUGAUGUGAAUAAUGGCUUGCCAAAAGAAAUCCCGGCAGAGGUCCACCAUCUAUUCAUUGAGACCUACGACAGAGCAGGGAUCAUAGAGAGGAUUCUGGACUUGGCAAAUCUUCGCACCCUGAUCCUUGAGGAGUUGGACGGGAGCAUGUCUAAAAUGCUGACAGCACCACCUUUUAAACACACUGGGUAUAAUGACUUGAGUAACCAAGUUGUUUUUGAAAGUAUGCUCAUGAGACUGAGGAAACUGCGUGUCCUGAUCGUCAGAGUAAGAGGAUACCAUAAUAAGCUAUCGUUCUCGGUCCCAUCAUGUAUUGAUCAGUUGAAGCAUCUACGUUAUUUUCGGUUUCGUUCCCCCAACUAUGUGAACCUGAUUAUCCCAAGCACAUUCAGCAAGCUUUACCACAUGCAGAUCCUGGAUGCUCCUGACCUCAGAUUAUCCUGUGCUGAAGAUGUGGCUGAUCUCAUCCAUCUGCGGCACUGCUAUCCAAGCUUGAACCUUCCCAACGUUGGCAGGCUGACACAACUCCAAACAAUGCCGCACUUCAGAGUAGGGAAAGAACCAGGCUACGAGCUAAAGCAGCUCAAAUACCUUAACAGUCUUGGAGGCACCCUGAGAAUAUCUGGUCUUGGAACUGUCGUAGGCAAAGAGGAAGCCCUAGAAGCCCAGCUACCCCGCAAGAAGCGGCUCAAUGUACUGGUGCUGGACUUCAACGAAAAAAUAUACGGCGACCAUCCAGACGUCGAGGCAGAGGUGCUCGAGGGCCUUUGCCCGCCGGAGCAUCUUGUGCAGCUGUGUAUCUGGUGGUACUGCGGUUCAAUGUAUCCUAGCUGGAUGCUGAACCAUCAGCAUUCAGACGCCCCGAAGCACCUUGACAAGCUUGAGCUCUGUGAGUGCAGACGAUUGGUAUCCAUUCCCCAAGGCAGUGAGUUAUUCGUCCAUCUCCGUUUGCUCCGCAUUGUUUCGUGCGGCUGGGACUCCUUGCCUGAUAACAUGGUGAAGGGCCUUAGGUCGCUCCAGAAACUGGUCAUCCGGAGUUGCAGAAAUAUCGAGCUCCUUCCCACGCUGCCUCCUUCUCUUCAGGAGAUCACUUUAGUCGACGUCGGCAAGCUUAGGACGUCCUGUAAGGAGAGGGGACACAUGAAUUGGCUAAAGAUUCAGCACAUUCCCAACAAGAAAUUGUACGAGUGA